AGAAUGCGCCGCUGGUUCUCAGUGAUACUACUUCCCUUUCUUGUUAAGAUUAUUUUGGCUCAGGAACUGGAGGAAAAGAACUCAUUAACACGACCCAUCCAUCCGAGGCGACACAAAAGAGCCGAACAAGUCCGUCCGCCACUGUUAUCUACAAGCCCUUUUAUGUUAUGGAAAAAUGAUCCAAAAUGCAUGAUUCCUGGACGUGAUAUGAUGGCAUGUCCCAAGAAAGACCCGAACGACCCUCUGGAAAAGUUGGUCUGCAUUGAACCGUCGGCGCUCUGUGACGAUCACAGAGAUUGCCAUGGCGCAGAAGACGAAGAUCCUCACUUUUGCAUGUUCAAAAAACUGGAAGAUGCAGCGAUGAGACGAGUUCAAGCGGAGAUUCUUGUGCUAGUUCAAAACAACCGCAAGUUGCAACCCGGAGUUGUUGUUCAUAUUCCCGAUAAGCCUGACACAGGAAUAGUAGAACCGUUGCGUCCUGGAGUGUUCAAAGUGGAAGGAUUGGGACCACUUGCAAAAUCGAAAAUGUAUAUGAAUGAGAAGGACGAUGACGAUGUGAAUAAGAGUGUAGAAGAAAGCGAUGAGGAGGAAGAAAAUCAGGAAUCAGAAGAGCAAGAAGACAAUGAUAAAGCUGAAAAAGAAGAGGAACGGCGAAGGCAGGAGGAGGCAGCUAGGCAACAUUCAAAGAGAAGGCGAACGUUAAGGCACUUGUUACAGUUGAAAGCAUCGUACUUAUAA